UGAUAGAACGAAAUGAAAGAUUGUCUGAAAAGGAGUAAUGGAAUGGACGGAAAAAUGACGUUUAUCGACAGUUUUGCUUUGUUAUCGUGCCGAAUAAUUUCAACAUUUUUUAAGAGACAAAAUUUAUUGUGUGUUAGUGCAAGCAAUUUUCAUAUGGAUAAUAAAGAUGAAGCGAAAUCAAAUAUGGAAAUUGUUAACAUACCACCAAUUAUUUCCACCUACCGGCAAGCAUUGCAUACUUUUGAUGAAAAAUUUAAAAACGAUAUUUCGACCAACUUGAAUAAGUUAAAACGAAUGAUGGAUAAUUUAAAAGCCGAUGACCUAGGUUUUGAUCAAAACCUCAAUAACCCCUCAGCGUGGAAAAGACCAAAUAAAGCGCCUUGCACAUACAUCGAAGUGUUUCAAAAUAGUUUAGUGAACAUGAGUAUAUUUGUUUUGAAACCCGGGUUUAAAAUGCCUUUACACGAUCACCCGCAUAUGCAUGGACUUUUAAAAGUAAUUUCUGGUGCUGUAAGAAUAAGAAGUUUUACUGAAUAUCCAUUAAAAGAAGUAGCAAGUUCGAUAGACUUCGCCGCUCGAGCGAAACACGAAGCGGCGCGUAUAGCUCAAGGUAUUCACAAACGUAGAAGAUUGUUUGCUAAAAUAUCACAAGACAAUAUAUGUCAGGCUAAUUCCGAGACAUGUGUUCUGACUCCUACAAUAUCUAAUUACCAUGAAAUAGAAGCUUUAAAUAUGCCAGCAGCGUUUUUUGAUAUUCUAUCACCACCUUACGAUACGUUAAUACACGAUGUUGGUCCAAGAAGAUGUAGAUACUACUAUGUAGCAAACGAGAUAAGUACUAAUGUUGUAGAAUUACAAGAAACUAAUGUGCCAGAAUGUUUUUAUUGUGAUCAAGCACCAUACUUAGGGCCCAUGCUUAUAUAGCCAUAGACUAGAAUUAAUUAUUUAGAAAUAAAAAAAUAGAAUUCCUAGAUAAUUUGGAGAGUUACCAAGAAGACGAGGUUGUUCUCAUGAUCUCUGCUGUCGAAAGUAACUUGAAACAUUUAGUGCAAAUAAUUUUGUGCCUUUUAAAUAUUAAUGCCAAUAAAAAUAUUCUUAGAGAAAAAGAAUUAGGGAACGUUUUGGGGUUUUAUAUUGUAAAAGCUUGUCAAAUUCACUACAAAAGUUACCAGCUGGAUGUAAAAUUGUGUCUUUAUUCUAAUUGAUCAAAUCAAAUAGAUUAAUAAUGACACUGACUUGUAUUCUUUCAAACAUCACCUAAAGCAACAAGACUUAUAAGUAAUUUUAUUGUAUUGAUUUUGAAACAAAGUAUAAUUGUUUCUUAAAUAUGUCAAAAUUUAAUAUAAGAGAAAGUCGCUAGUAUUAAAUAUUUACAGUAAUGUAAAUACUGAGAAAUGGAAAGUAUGUUUAAAGUUAAUAAACAAUGCACAUACUUUGCUAAUAAUUUGAAAUAACAAGCUAAAAUUACCCAUAGAAUAUAGGCACAAUAUACAGUAUUAAAAUUAUUUAAUCAGACAAUAAAGAAUUUUACCAUGUACCAAAUGUAAAGUAUGUUGCUUUAAUAUGUGUUCACUAGAAACAAAACCAAAUCUGAUAUGAAACUACAUUCUAAAAAUCAUACUUCCUCAUCAACUUCAUGUUUGUUUGGUCAAAUGAGUUUAUAAAACUAUGUUUGUACUAAAUUAAAAAAAAAACAUUUCAACAAUUAAUUAUCUACAUUUCAUUAUACUACAGACAAAAGAAAAUGCAACAAGAAACAAUAAUAUUUAAAAAAAUAUAUAUAAGUGCUAGUAAAAUAACAAAAUGCUGUUUUAAAAUAAAAUGUAGUGUAUAAUAUAAUAAAGGAUUAAUUCAACAUCACACAAAUGUUAUGAGGCUUAGUUAGCCAUUAAAUUCAUAGAUAAAGUGUGUAGAUUUAAUAAUGGAAUACGUAAGUAUUUUAGAAAGAUAACAUACACCAUAAUGAUUAUUUGUUUUUAUUUUUUUUAAUCCAAUUUUUACCAAAAUAAGAAAUCAAUGCUAAUUUUAUAAACAGCAUAUUCUAAUAUAUCAAUAAUGCAAUGUUUUUUUUUUUAAAUCAGUGACUGAAUUAAUUAGAUAAAACUACAAAACUAGUAAGUUCUAUUGUUCUAUAAGGCAUUCCAUAUGUAAAGGUCUUUUAAUGUAAAAAAUCUUUUGUUUUUUAUUAUGUCAAAUCCUCUAGCAGACUUCAAUGUUUGUUUUUCGUAAUAAUUCUCCCAAAAACAAAGAUUGCUUACAAAAUAAGAUAUAAUGGAAACAAUUUAAACAAUAAUUUCUACAUAUUUGUGCAUGAUACAUAUUAACUUAAUUUAUGUAUACGUAAUUUGUUUUCUAUCCAAUUGAAAGUCUAAAGCAAUGGUCAAUGUAGUUGCAACAAUAUUGACAGUUUUUGUUUAUAAAAAAGUACGUACUAUUCAGUGUGUUGUCAAUAAUAAAAAGUAAUUGUCACCAUGAUAUACAGCAUAAAUGCUUUUAAAGCAACUAUUUAAUUUUUGUCAUAGUAAUUUAAAGUAAUUAAUUACAUAUUUAAACGCAUGUUAUUUACUCAGUAAGACGGAUCUAGUUUACUCCAUCACAUUAGGAUAACAUUCCAAUUUCUAAAAGUUCAAUUAAAUUCGAUUGGAUGAUUAUGCUUAUAAAAUAAGGCAAUUUUGUAAAUUAAUACCUGAUCUCUAUAUUAUAUUAAAUUUUACAGUCAUGUUCAAUAUACACUUAUAAAAUGUAAAUACACAUAUAUAUAGUGUUUUCACAUUUAAAUAUAUUUUCUUAGGAUUAAGUUCAUUGGUUCUUGUUAAUAAAAUCUUAAAAUUUGUUACUA